AUGAGUCUCAGCAGCCUCGAGGCAUACUCCCCCGUGGCUGGGUCUAGGGAAGGAAAAAAAGUGAAUUUCUGUUCAAAAAGUGGACCCAGCCAUGAGGGGAACGCAGCGACAAGUCCCUCUGCAUUCCCGUCUUCAACAAUUGCUUCCCCAACGCUCACUGCCGUAGCAGGUUCGGGCGUGAGCUCUGCAGUGGCGACAACGCCUUGCUCGGGACUGGUUUCGGGGGGACUGGACAUUUCCCCCGUUUGCGCCACGAGCGCGUUGUCCAACGCUGCGGAGAAACGCACGACGUUCUUCCAGCACGGUGAUGGAGAAAUUCCGCGGCCUACCUCAGCACCCCCCCAUCUGGAGAAAUCCUCGUCGACUCUCUUCGCCUUCCCGCCUAGCGGAUCGACGCCGAACCGCCUAAUCGAUAUCCGUUGCGAUGAUCUGUACCAGGAAUUCUACAGGAACUUGUCCCAGACAAACCCGAAGCUCCCAAAGCCUUUGGAAGAGGACCAGUCUUUCCUGGACCUCGCUUCGCAGAAGAAAGACCGCCGUCGAAGUACUCACGCGGCUGGCUACUACAACGGCAGCAACCGGGAUGUCAGAGGAGGCGGUUCGAGCAACGCUGCGAACGAGACACUCUCUUGUCCUUCAUUGCCCUCAUCCUUCUCCUCCACGUCUUGGGGCAACGUGGGGCCAGGAUCGCCCCAGGAUGAGGACGAGGGGACAGCGGCAUCGAGACACCUGCCGUCGGCUGCCGCAAUGAACGCGGCUGCACUCGCUCUGGUUGACGAAUUACAGAAUCGGCAAGACGCUGCGAAUCUGGUCUCCACCCGAGCCUUGAGCCUCGCUGUGUUGGCUGCAACAGGGGGAGUGCCCGGGGCGUCGGCGGCUGUGGAUCCGUCCAGAGGCGGAGGCGGGAAGGCUGCUGAGGAGACCGAUCCAGCGCCGGCGAGCCUGUCAGCAGCUGCAGCCGCCGCCCUCCUCCAGGACGCGCACGCCGCCUGGAAAGAAGCUGGAGCGAAUGCGGCUCUGCUCCCCGUGGUGCAAAAAUGGACUGAGGCGAUUCUGAACCGGUGCCCGGAUGCACAGAUUUGCGGGCCAAGUCCUACGAGCACAGCCGUUGGGGUUUCAGGUAGCAACACAACGUCGAGCAGCCACCAUUACCAGCGGCGGAGCUCUCUAACGGCGGCAAGUCUGUGUUCUGACGGACCUCCAGGGGACAGCUCAGUUGGGUCUUCCAGUCUCCGUUCUUCCCAGCGAAAUCGGUCGCCCCCCCGUGCGUCCUCCAGCUCUCCGAACUCGAUGGUGUUUCCGUUUCCCAUUUCUGCCAGCAUUUCCCCGUCUUCUCGAGGGCGCACAGGAGACAACGCGAGCAUGGACUCGAGGAGCUGUCAUCUGGAGGUCGAUGACAACGGCUCCGGCAGAAGAAGUCGAAGUGCCUCCCACGACCGUUCUUCUCGAAACCGGCCGAAUGGCCUUGCUUCCUCUGAGGAAGAAGGUUUCCGCCACCCGAUGCAGGCGAGCGUGGCAGCACCGGAAAUGCCGCUCUCCUCCUUGGACGACGUUCCCCCUCUUGCGCAUCACCAUGCUUCCUCGGCGUCGCCUGCACUGGUUAUGGCUGCAGGCCUUCCUGCCUUCCUCACGUCGCACGGGGUCUCCCCGGCGGCAGAGAGCUUGACGGCUUCGGGCGGGCAGUCUGUGGCCGCCCUGGAUGGCCCCGAGCAGGUUCGCGCGGCUGUAACUGCGACUCAGCAACAGCACUUUCUCCAAGCUGUGUCGGCGCUUCGAGGCUCUCUGGCUUCCGCCCCGCCAGCUGGGUUUCUCGCAGAUGCAGACCCAGUCGUCCUUGCGGCUGCAGGAGCGGGCGGCCUUUCGGGAGUCUUGCACCCGGCUCUGUCUGUGGGGGGGCCUCUGGGAACCAACCCGGCGGCAGCGGUGGCGCUGCUUUCUGCGAUGGCAGGAGCGGCGGGUGCGUCGUCGCCGGAUGCGCCGUUGGGGCUGCAGCAUCUUUCCAGUCCGACGGUGGGGCCUCUGGGGCUCGACUCGGGACUGGCGCAUGCAGGGAACAGCGGCGCCGCUGGAGGCGGAGCGAGCGUAGGCGGCGGGGAUGCAAAUGCAGCGGCGAUGAUGCAUGCACUCAACCUAGCGGUUCUCGGACAGGCGUUCCACCAUCGCACGAGGGAAGCGCUAGGCGAAAACAACAGUGAACGCACAGGACCGCGAGCCUUGCCCGUUCAGACACCGGGGGCCGUUGCAGCAGCGGCGGCGCAGGAGGCCGCGGGAAACGCUCAACUGUUGUCUUCCGUGCUGUACCCACUCUUGAAUGCGCAGUCAACGGCGUCACUGGGGUUGUUGGGAGGUGCGCCAGGCCAGGUUUCUUCUCAUGCCGCUCCUCCAGGCAUGGUCCUGGGUGCGGCCAGAGACCCGCGUGGAAGCUUGCCGUGUAUGGUCGGCGGGGCGCCUUCGCUCGGAGGGCAUGACAUGUUCUCUGGGGGCCUGCAGCAUCAACGAGGCCCACUAGGAGUGGGUGGUCAAACGCUUCCUCCUGCUGCCGCUGCCUUGCUUGCAACUGCGACGAGGCUCUCCCAAGGGGGACCUCCUGGCCUCGGACUUUCUCCCGGAGUUGCGCCGCUCACAGUACCUCAAGGCGUUGAUAUUCACGCGAAUUUCCUUCAUCAGCAGCGCGUGGCUGCAGCGGCUGCGGCGCACCAGACGGCCGCGGGCGCCGGCGUGCAUGCAGCUGGAUGGGGUGGAGUCGGCGGCGCGUCCAGCGGCCCGAACCCUGCGGAUGCGAAUGCGAGUCCACGCCCGAUGUGCCUGUUGCCGACGCAAGGCCUGGAAGCUCUUGGUACAGACGCGCACUUCCGGGCAGCGCAGGCGGGUCUCGCUUUCGCUAAUUACUACCAGGCGGCCGCGAGGGACUCGAAGCAGACGGGGCCGUCCGGCGUUCUUCAGGGAGCUGAGGCAAAAGGCAACGGGCGCAGUCGACCGGUCCGGCUGGACCCCCGCGGGAAACAAGGCGCCCAGACGCAGCAGCGUUUCGUGGGUGGACUCGGAGACGGUCUAGAUGCACGCUCCGCUGCGGUGCCCAACGCAGCCGCUGUCAGUGUCAAAGACGGUGGAGCGGGAGGGAGGAAGGGAGACGCAAAAGAAGACGGGGUUGGCGGUAGAGGACUGGCGGCUGCCGAGGGCGUGCCGACAGGGACGGGAUGUGGGAACGGACCAGGAUCGCUACUUACAGUCGCCGCUGCAGAGGAUCUUGUGUUUGGCAAUAAAUACAAAGGCAACAUCGAAAUGAUCGCUCGCGACCAAAUCGGCUGCCGCAUGCUGCAGCGAAAACUCUCGGACGCAAAUCCGGAAGAGGUGGAAGCCAUCCGUUUAGAGGUUCUCGAGUGCGUCGUCGUGCUCCUCGUAGACCCGUUUGGAAACUACCUCGUACAGAAAGUGGUGGAGCAGUGUGAGGAGCCGCAACUGCUGCAGCUGGUCAGGAAGAUCCGCCCUCGCCUCGUCGAUAUCUGCCUGAGCCCUCACGGGACUCGAGCUGUUCAGAAGCUGAUUGAAGUCUGCGCGGGCCUGCCGAUAAACAGUACGGCGACGAAUGAACUGUUGGCGGCCUUGCGGCCGUCCAUCGUUCUUCUCGCCAAGGACGUGAACGCAAAUCAUGUGGUUCAGAAGAUCCUUUCUUCGUUCCCAGCUGCGCGCUGCGAGUUUGUUUUUGCUCAAGUCAAGAAGCACUGCGUGGAAAUCUCGACAGAGCGCCACGGCUGUUGCGUCAUGCAGAGGUGUAUUGACGCGGCGCCUCCACGGGCAAAGAGUGAGAUUCUUCAGGAAAUCGCGGCGAAUGCACUGGAGCUCAUGCAGGACGCGUUCGGCAAUUACGUCGUGCAAUACGUGCUGGAUCUCCAAAUAGAUGGAUUCAACGGCGCGGUGACGGGGGCACUGCGGGGCCACAUUCGUGAACUUUCCAUGCAGAAGUUCUCUUCAAACGUCGUUGAAAAGUGUUUGAUGCUGGGCACUCCAGAGCAACGCAGCCUGAUUGUCGACGAAUUGCUGGCCGACGGCGAGGGUCUCAAGGACAUGCUCCUCGACUCGUACGCGAACUAUGUUAUUCAGCGAGCCCUCACGGUGUCCUCUCCAGCGGCUCAGCAGCAACUUCUGCUGGUUAUUCAGCCUUGCCUCUCUCAGCUGCGCCAGACCCAGCCCGGGAGUCGCGUGGCUCACAAACUGGUGAAGAAAUUCCCCAGCAUCUUGGCCCCCGCGUCAGCGACGUGCGUAGGGGGGGGCGAGGGUAUCUCGGGUUUUAGUGACGAUGCAUCGAAGAAGUCACUUCGGGGGCAAGCGAAGGCAAUCCCUCAGGUGAAGGGGACGGAUGGGGCCAACGAUGUCGGGCCGCGUCCCGCUCCCCGCCCGAAGAAGAAGGAGAAGCCCGAUAAAAGUUGCGAGCGGAAAGGGCCGGCCCCAGCGGUGGGGAAACCAAGGCGACAGCGCGAGGUGGAGACAAGCCAGUACAACGGCCGAUCGGUGAAUGGUGACCACGACGCGACAGAUGUCGUGGAGAAACGAGAGGCGUCGGAAGAGUCCAAGGAGUUGCUGUCGAGUGAUAGCUGCGUCGAGGCGAACUGCUAG